UUGAAUCGGUCUAGUCCAGUCAAGUUGAGAGAAAUGAGAGUCCAUAUGUCCGCCUCACUUAACGAUAUCCCAAAUUCACUUGUUCUUGGGAUAGCAAAGGAAGGGUCUUCACAUCUUGUGCCUUGAAGUUUCAGCGCAAUCAGCCUCUUCCCGACCAACAGUACUGACUGGUCGACCGGGUUGGAGCCAUACAGGUCAGACAUCCGUGAGGAAUACCAUUUGACUGCCACCGAUAGGAGGCAUACUAUGCUUAAAUAUAGAUACCAAAAGGCAACCAACUUCCCCUUUUUCUUUCUCUCCCCUCCCCUUCUUUUCAUAUUCUUUAAAUGAGCUGAACAAGUCUUUAUAUCUACGCCAAUCUAUCACACACUCGUUAAGACUUACAAAUUAGAAAUUCACUGGAUACCAAUACGCAACGCAACUUCUUCAAUCUCUGGCAAAUUACGCCUAGCUAAAAGCUCGCCCUUUCAAUACUUCUUGUCCAUAUUUAAUCACCCUUUCUACCCAUUCAACCAAUCUUACCAUGUGUCAGAAAGCCUAUUACAUUCACGUCUGCGGUCACCGAAGCUGGGGCCCCCUUAACCGCUGCGAUAACCGCUACGUCUGCCCAGAAGGAAACACACACUACUAUCCUGUCUACCUCACCAGCCCAUGUCGAUUCUGUCGAACACCCCGUCGAGGAGGCGGGGAUGCCGGGCGAGGACGAGGAAGAGGGAGGACAACUCGAUGCUCCCAGGCACACGCCCAGGCACAGAACAGUACCAUCCCAUCACCAAUUUCCCAAUCUCACCCCCAUCCACCAGGUUAUUCAUCUCCAAAUGACGUUGGGGAACCAGGGUCAUUUCCUCUACCACCACUACCGCCAGUAAGUUUGUGCCAUUGCAGCAUGGUUCCAACGGGAUGUGAAUGAGAGGUAUGCAAAAAAGCGCACACCCAGGGACUUUGAAAGUUCAGAUUAUCAUCUUAUGGUAGGACCCUGGUAUCCCUAGUUAUCCUCCCCGCUGGGCCCUAUCCCCAUGCUAACGUUGGAAGCCAGCUGAAUGGAUGAUGGAUUCGCGUGGGGAGCACAGAGAACUGCUACGGGGGUGAUUGUUCACCCCAGGGAAUGGGCCUAGCAUGGUAUGGACCUGGCUGGAUACACGACUCUCACCCUAUUUCUACGCUUCUAUCCUUUUUAACUCUGCCUGUCCUUGAGAGUAUUGCCUGUUUGUACGAGAGAAGAAUGGAAGAAAUUGUCAAAGGCCGCUUCAAUCAAACACCUAUUUCCUCCAACAAUAAAUAGCCUGAAGUAUCCAGUAUCA